AACUCCCCACCCCACACGCAAUAUUGACACACGCAUCCACACGAAAAGGAGUGCCGCUGCACACUCACCCCCCCACCACUGCUGUCAGAGUGUGUUGUCCGUGGGCCAUAUCAGUUUCUUGUGCUUGGGCGAGAGAGAGGGAAUUCCGCGUCAGACAGCCGAGACCCCGGGCACAUGAAUGUACAUGCACACACACAAGAAAACCGACAGGUAAGCAAACAGUCCCACCAGCAAGAGAAAGUGAGAGUCUAUCGUCCAUACGCACCAACACACCCUUGUAGACACACCACUUGAAAAUAUCCACACGACGUGUGCAACAAAUGCGGCCUCUCCCAACAGCGAUCCAUCCAGAUCAUUCAUUCUACCAGCGCCCUGAGAUUGACAUGCGUUUCGUAUGAUGGCUUGUGUUGGGUGGCUUCAUUAUCGUGUGUCUCCUACCCCGUGUUGUGUGUGCUGGAGUAUAUGUGGAGUAUAUGUCCUGGCCCACUGCUGGCGAAAGGCGCGUCCUGUCCAGCAGCGUGUGACACCUCUCCUCCCGCAAUAACCUGUACACACACACGCCAGGACACGUGAACAAAUUCAUAUCUCUCAUCGGCCCCGUGUUUUCACCUUUUCAGGUCAUGCUUUGACAGCUCCUGUCUAUGGUCGUCGUGUCUCAUCUGCGGCACAGCGUCGCCCGCACUGAAUCGCCUUCUUCUUUCCACAACUCUCCGCCUCUCGCUUGACGGCAGGUAGCCCAUUGUGGCAGCCCGCUGCCGCCUCAACACAUCCUGCCACACGGCCAUCUCCCUCUCAGCUCUUGGCGUGUCAAGAGCCAUCAUGGCGGCCCGCUGGACGAGAGCAUUGAUGAGGGGCGAAGGGGAAGACUGGGGUGAGGACGCUGAGUGUGCAUCCGAGGUGGCACCGAUGGUCAGGGACGUGCGUGAGACGGGCGAUGCUGCACUUGCCGCCUCGUGUGUGGCCUCGUGUCUCUUCAUGGCUGAUGAAGGUGGCGAAAGGGGCUGGUCGGGGUGAUUUGACAGAUGGGGGCGGGACAUCGGGGUUGACUCCUCGUCGAUAUCCGACAACUCCAACGGGCCUCUGAGAAAAUGACGGCGAACAGAUGUUGGUUGCCACGCAUUGAGAUAUGGCAGUCUUUUUUCUCCCUGCGCCUCACGUGACAGCACUUCUCAGCUUCGUCGACGAUAUUUGCUGCCUCUCUGUCGACGCGCUUUCUCUCACUUUCCGCCUCCUCGACCGGAGGUCCUCCCACUCAGCCUCGCUCAGCGGGUGACUAUACCGCCUCUUGGCCACAGACCGGACGUUCAGAGGUAUGGGUACGGGUGGGGAUGCAUCGGAUGAUGAUGCCGGCCCUACAUCAGCGGCCGCCUCUUCACCUGGGGCGACGAGACGCACUCUGAUGGGCCUUCUCUCGGGGGGUGAUGUUUCAUGUCGCUGGCUGCUGCGUGCUGCCCGGGAUGGGUCGUCUGUUGCCUCUGGGUUGACGGGUGGUGCCGUCAUGCGACGAGGGCUGAGGAAACCCGGCCUGGAGCUCAACACUGCAGGCAGGCCCGAUGAUAUGAAGAGAAGAUGCAGUCGACGAAAGCCAACAAUAACCAUGUCUCAGCCGGACCUGAUCUGCUCCUGAGUCGGCUCUCAGAGAGGGAGGCGAUCGGCGACUCUGAACACGAAUGGACACGAACACGAAUUUCCCUUGGAGUUUCGUUCGUGUUUAGGUGACUUACGUCCAUCAAUGCUCCUCAGUGUCGGCAUACGAGGCAAGAACGACGCCACACCAAGACCAAACCUGCGAGGACGCACGACACACACGACCUUCCUCCACGUCUCCCUCCUCCUCUCCCUGGUUGGCUGGCUGACCGUCUGAGGAAGACCUGUUCGGCUCGUGCCUUCCUGUACGGAAGACUGCGAUACUGAGGCGGCAGGUCCUCCAGAUUGGUAGGGUGCUUCUUCUCCAAAUGAAGGGCAGCGAUCUGACAAACAAAUUAAGCAAUGGAGAGAGGACGACCGGCAGGGAGACUAUAAUGUCUCUGUAUGCCAACUGACGAUGCAGAUGCCCUUCGUGUGCAGGUUGGGAGACUGGAGAGCGCUGCAAACGUUUGCGAAGGUACGAUCAGUCACGUGUCUCUCCGCUGCCGGCUUUUACCUUUGUAUGAGUACGAUCCACAACGUGAGGGGCAGAGAAAGGUCCUCCAUCGCCGCCAACGAAUGCAAACGAUGACGAGCAGACUGAACAAAGCGCAGAGUCGGCCACACUGAGUCGACCGUGCAGCCUAUGCAGUCUUCUUUCUCCGUCAUGCUCUCACCAUCCAGAGAAAGGGCCCGAGUCUCACCGGCCUCAGGCGCAUCAGUGAGGGCUUGCCCUCCUCGGGCAACAGCUCCUGCAGACCUGAACAAAUACCAUAUGAGCAUGGGUGUGGGUGCAAAGAUUUGGUGGACAAUGAGAUGAGACAUACCGAUGGUGAAACACUCGAUGGCCGACCGAUGAGCACAAGAAAAGUCAUACGUGCGAGAUUUCAGGACAAGAGAAAAUGCAGCCCUGCAUUGACAACAGAACCAAUUGGACAGAACAAUUGCAUGAUCAUCUCGCUCUCCUUCUCCUCACCAGUGUGGCGGCCUGAAGUCCGCCUGCAGCCUCUUGAACGUGAACGUGUACGCACCAAAAACGACACCCAGCACAUCUUCCAGCAACACUGACACGACCAACACCACCGAAACAACACAUGUGCUUAUACAUCUAUCGCGAGCCCAGCAGGCGCUUGCCCACCUUUCUUCCACUUGAUCGUCCUGAAGCAUCGUCUUGUCUCGUCCGUAACGCUCUCCUGUCCUUGCGAUGACAUGUGAGAGGUGGUGCUCCUGGUGCGGCGGAAGGCAAGCAUCUUCGCCAGGCGAUUCGCAGCUGGCAACUUGCUCUGCUGCUUCCGCUGCAUGGUGCGUGCUUCAGAGGCACUGCACACGGCCAGGGCCGUCCCGUCGGAGGUCAGCUUGACGAACUGCAAAGGCAAAGAGGAAUGGAGAAUGUGUCGCAAGUGGGGUGAUGGAGAUGAUUCUGACCUUGAAUUUCUUGCUGCUGACAGCUUGUGUGUUGUAGGAGAAUUUCGUCAGCCACUGACCAGCCUUGAGCAGCAUGAACCGCUUGCAAGACCGACAAUACGGGGCAUCAAAAUCCAUCAAACUGAAGGCAAUCGCACGUCUCAACAUGGCUGGUACUUCCUCCUCCUCCUUGUCUGCUCACUCUGUGAGGAACGAUUCAUCGACCAGUGCACCACAAUUGGAGCAUGAAGUAUCGACGCCUUGGCUCUCGACGGCGUCCGACGUCGACGUCAGCGUCCGUGCCUUCACGAAUCGAUUUCGCUUCUGGAGGGCCGCAAACUCCUUCGUCUGGCGCUUCUGCAGCGCGUGCCUGUAAAAGAAGGGAGAGUUUGAACAGCAUCCCAAGUCGCUUGUUGCAUCUGCUUUUUUUACUUUGCUUUGAGGCGUUUUCUGCUCCCCAACGACUGAGAUGAGGCAAUGCGGCCAUCUUGCAAGGAAGGAGAUGAUACAGGAGGCCGCUCACUCGGACUCGACAUCCUCG